CUCUCAGCAAUCUUCUUUAAAAUCGAGGGAACUUCCCUACGUAAACGCAGAAGACGACGACCUCGGAAACGCUAAAAACUCUGAUCCUAGAAAAAGCUAAAAGAAAAUAAGAGAGAUCGGAGAAUAAGAAAUGAUGAGCUGUAUGUGUUGUAGCAGGUAUGUGAUUGUGCCGAAACCAAUCCAAAAUAAGACCUUCGAGUCGCCGAAUGGUGUUCGGGUGAUUGUACCUCGUGGUACAACGGCCACUACUGCGAGGUCCACGAAUUCUAGGGUUUGUGCUGUUCGGGCUUCACUGGUGGACUCGUACGAAAGCUCCUUCAAUUUCGCCAGCCGCAUGGAGAAAGCCUGGUUAAUCUCUCAGCAACCAAGGCCAGUUGUUUGUUCUUCUUGCAACUCAAAUGGGCAUGUUGAAUGCAAAUGGUGUCGGGGUACAGGCUUCUUUAUUCUUGGUGAUAACAUGCUCUGCCAAGUCCCCUCAAGAAACACCAGUUGUGUUAUUUGUGGUGGAGUGGGAUCAAUGUGUUGCUCUGAUUGUAAGGGAACAGGCUUUCGUGCCAAGUGGUUAGGAGAGCCUCCUAUUUCCAAGUAGCAGUAUUGCUUCUCAGUGGGUGAAAAGCUCCAUCAAGGCUCCAUUCAUUUUCUGGUAUCUUCUCUAGUUCAUUUCAGUAUUUUGUUGUCCAAUUAUUGAUAUUUGUAGCUUCUUUUACUCCAUACUACAAAUUACACCCUUGUUGUUACUUUGUCUAUUUAUCAACCCACUUAGCGUUAUCACAAAAAAAUUAGCCUGUAUCAUAUUCAUAUCAAUUCUUAAAAUAUUAAAGUGCAUUCUUUUUAUGAAAAAAUUAUGAAUAUUACCUUUCUCA